AUCAUGUUAAUACCAUGGCGGCAAUGUUAAUAAGAAUGUUUGUUAAACGAAGUGUUACCAAAAGUGUGUUGUGUGAUACCAUCGUCAAUAAUCGAGCAGCAAAAUUGAAUGUCACUUUACUCGAUUUGACGUGCAUACAAUGCAGUUGUUACCACAGUACAUCUUAUCUUUUGAAGAAAAAAAAGUCUGUAGAAGAAAAAAAAAAAUUAAAAAAGUUACAAGAACUGGCUUAUCUGAAUCCAAAGCAAAAGAAAAUUGUGCCAGUUAUCGAUGUCUGGAGAAACAUGACUGUAAAAGACUUGGCAGCUUCAGCUGGACGUCCUAUAGAUGACAUUUUGGAUGCUCUUUUCUUUGUUGACAACGAAACUGCCUAUGAUGGUGAUUCCAUCUUUGAGGAUCCACAAAUGGUAUAUGAAACUGUUAAAAAAUUAGGUGCUAAAUAUAAAGUUAUUUCACCUCCAUCAAAGUCAAAUAAAGAUGAUGACAAGGAAAAUAGGGAUGCUGUUAGACGACCUCCACCAGACUCUUCAGUUCUCGUUAGGAGACGUCCUAUUGUUACAAUUAUGGGUCAUGUUGAUCAUGGCAAAACUACACUGCUGGACUCUUUGAGGCACAGCGCGGUAGUAGAGUCAGAAUUUGGUGGAAUUACUCAGCACAUAGGAGCAUUUAAUGUUACGCUAAAUUCGGGUGAAAAAAUUACUUUUUUGGAUACUCCUGGACAUGCUGCAUUUAGCACGAUGAGAGCCAGGGGAGCUACUGUAACAGACAUAGUUAUUCUUGUUGUUGCUGCUGAUGAUGGAGUUAUGGAACAAACUAUUCAAAGCAUACAGAUGGCCAAAGAAGCUAACGUUCCAAUCAUAGUUGCGAUAAAUAAAGUUGACAAGCCAAAUGUUGACAUAAAAAGAACUCUUCAAGGAUUAGCUGAACAAAGUGUUUUUGUUGAGGCUCUUGGCGGCGACGUCCAAAGUGUUCAUAUAUCUGCCUUGAAAGGAACUAAUCUGGAUCAAUUGAUGGAAGCAGUAAUUGCACAGGCAGAAAUAAUGAAUUUGCAAGGUGACCCGACAGGACUAGUCGAAGGCGUCGUUAUUGAAUCGACGAACGAUACAGGACGAGGCAAACUUUCGACAGCGUUGAUUCAGCGCGGUACUUUGAGAAAAGGCGAUGUGCUGGUCAGUGGAUUGGCAUGGGCCAAGGUGAGGGCAAUGUUCGAUCACGCUGGUGUAAUUGUUUCCGAGGCUGGACUCUCGGAUGCCGUCCAAAUAAUUGGCUGGCGCGAUUUGCCGGUCGCCGGGGAGGAGAUUUUGGAAGUCGAGAACGAAAAACAAGCCCACAUGGUGAUGAAAUUUCGACAGAACAAGUUGGGCGAGAAAAAGUCCAUCGAGCAAAAAAUAGUCGCGGACGAAAAGAAUAAACAGCAUCGCAUUGAGUAUGAAAAAAUAGUACUGAAGAAGCGAGCACUAGGCAUAAGGAGACUCAAGCGGGAAGGUCCAAGACAAAAAGAAAAAGUUGCAGACGAUUUUCCACAGGUAAGCUUGAUCCUUAAAGGCGAUGUAGGAGGAUCCGUUGAAGCUAUAAUGGAUGUUCUUGACACUUAUGGUAGCGAAAACACGUGUCGUGUGUCGGUUGUUCAUUAUGGCGUUGGUCCAGUUACUGAGACUGAUGUAGAAAUGGCUGAGGCAUUUAAUGCCAUUAUUUACUGUUUUAAUACAACUGUACCUCGUAAUCUAUCGCAUAGAGCCUCAAAGAAUAAGAUUUCGAUUCGUGAGCAUAACGUGAUAUACAAAUUAAUCGAUGAUUUAAAAGAUGAAAUCAACAAAAGACUUCCAAUGGUCGAAGUUGAGGAAGUGAUUGGUGAAGCAAAAGUUUUGCAAGAAUUCGAGAUCAACGUGAAACGAAAAAAAGUAAAAGUUGCCGGUUGUCAUUGUACAAGUGGUUAUCUAAAGAAAGACGAACUGUUUAAAGUGGAAAGAGACGGCGAAGUCAUUUACACGGGAAAAGCGACCGAAAUGAGGCAUCAUAAGGAGGAAGUCGAAAAGGUAAAGGUCAACACAGAGUGUGGAUUAAAGCUGGAAAAGGUCGAAGGUGGCUUCAAGCCAGAUGACAAGAUCAUUUGUUACAAACUUGUUGAGAAAAGUCAAGAGAUUGACUGGGAUCCUGGUUUUUAGUCAAUUUUUUACCGAAUGGAUAAUUUUUUACGAUUCAUAUAUUUGAGUACUGUAAAUAAACAUAGAUAGAAAUUUGUAAACAAUUUUUUUAUUUUCCGAAAAUCUGUUAAAU